AAAUUUUAAAAUGGAUAAACAAAAGAGAGCACGAAGCGAAAAUUGGUUGGAAGACGACAAGAAUUUAUUGUUGGAAUUGAUCCGCGAUCGUGUCGCCGUACUAGAGAAUAAGAAUACGGAUACGAAUACCAACAACUGUAAAAAGAAAGGAUGGCUGGAAGUUAUGGAUAGUUUUAAUGCAAUGUGCAAAGGUAGCAGACGCACAUUGCAACAAAUAAAAACUCAGUGGGGAGUCAUCAAAGUAAGUAAAAAGAAAAAUUUAGCAGACCAGAGGCGAUCUCUGAAUAAAACUGGUGGAGGACCACCUACUGUGACUGUUCCAGUGGACAGUACAGACAUAUUGGCAUGGUUACCGCAGGAGUUUUACGUGGACACCAAUCUAUAUGACUCUGACGCUAAAACAGGAAUUCCAGAUGAUCAUAUAAAUGAAAUAGAUGUACCUGUUAGCGCUGUAAGUAAUAUAUAAUAUGUAGUAU